AUGUACAAUAGUAGCCCAAGAAGCAGCACAAGUUGUCAAAUCCUCGCGUAAUCUUCAUUCAUGAGAAAACACGCAAAACCCUGAGCUGAUUUUUCUUCUCUUAUUUUUUUUUUUAAAUUGUGCAAAAGUCUGUUGGUUGUUGUAAAAAUUGCGAAAUGCUUUAGAGAAAAGUGCCUCAAACCCGGUGUGGCUUUUUGCUUACAACAAUAAAGAAAUCCAGUGAUUGAGUUCUUUCAAGAGAUAGGGGCAAGCUUAUGAGUUCGUGAUAGAAGCUCUCUGAUUUAUCAUUGGAGCUGUGAAGACAUGGCACAGAAAGUGAGUGAGCAGGAAGACAAAAAACUUGUGCAGAAUUUGUGGAUGACCUACAAUAGUCAAAGAACCUCCACCAAUGAAGAGACCAUUUGGUUGGAAUUAUUUCUCUUUCACCUACAAAAGUGUUCGGAAGAAACAUUCUCGUCCAUAAGGGACUUUUUUUCAACCACUGAUUAUCCCCUUGGGCAAAUUUUAGCGAGUAUCUUUGUUAAUUUUAUCAAUGGGGAUGAUGGUGUGGCACAGAGAAAUCGCACAGUGGCACUCCAAGUGCUGCAAAAGAUGAAUUUUGACCAAUGUGAUGAAAUCUUUGCCAUAUCACUUGUUAGAAAGCUAAAGGUCAUGCCAUUUGGGCUAACAGACACAGAGUACCUUCUUGAGUUUCCCAUUUUUUGCCCAACAAUUAAUUUGCUGAAUUUAUCGAGUAAAUUUGGGAUAAUUCACAUUGCUGAAUGUGCAAAAAAUGAAAAUUCCUUCUGCCAAAGUUGUCCGAGGAAAAGUCUUAAAUUUGAAGAAUUUUUAACGGAUGAAUUUAAAUAUUUUCGUGAUAAAAGAGUUGGGGAGAAAGAAGAAUUUUUGGCUGUGUUGCGAGUCUUGCAGAAAAUUCUGCAAACUCAAGAAAUUGAUAUAAAUAGGAAUUAUUUAUUUACAAUGGAAUGUCUCGAUGUGACUGCCAUAGGCAUUGGUGGUGGUGAUGAUUGUGAAAAAGUCACUAAUUCUCAACUAAUAUGGAUUGAUAUUUUAUCCAUGACACUGCAGAAUAUCUACUCAAAAGAUCUAGCCUUUAUGCAGAAGAUUUCUCUGAAGAAUCUAAUUAAAUGCCUAAUUGGGAAGCAUAAGGAUUCAGGACGUGAUACAGCAACGUUAAUUUACUAUUCCUACCAUCUCUUUACCAUUGUUAACAAUACGUUUUUCGUGGAGAAUGCCAGUGGGGAUGAGAAGGAAUUCCGGGAAUUUAUCGUUGAAAUUGAAUCAAGGCGGGGGCUCCUAAUUGAAACCUACCGAACUUUAAUGGAAAAUAAUCCCGAAAUGAGUGCGAAGAUUGUUAAUCUCUGGAUUGAGAUUUAUGUGAAUUUCAAAGAAGUAGAAGUGCAGCAUAUAAAGGAAAUGCAAAAGAAUCAAGUUCUAGAUCUGAAAAAGGAUCUAUCCCAUCAUUUUGCAAAGCAACAACCAUACAGAAAAUUUAUUUGCUUCCUUGAAUGCCUUCUGCUGCAUAUUCUGCCUUUUUGUAUGACCAAACAAAGGGGGAAGAUUCUCACAACGCUCAAGAAUAUUGGCCUGUGUUGUUGCAACUGUGCUAGGUGGUCUAUAAAAAUCUUCCUUGAUCUCUGCACAGACAACAAGCUAGCUAAGCAAGUUCUGCUUCUCACACGAAAGGCAAUUUCGACGAUUUACAGAAGUAACUGCCGAAUGUGCUUUGAGAAGACUUCUAUGCAAUUUGCAGACGAUGAUCUGAUCAAUAACUACCGUCUAGCCGUUCAGACUAUCCCUGAAUCCUUCAUCUAUGCCCAUCUAGCUAGUUUGCCUCCAUUUCUUCCUUUCUCGCUUCAAAGUAGAAUUCUCCUUGACAUCCUCUGGCCGAUUUUUAUCAAAAUCUCCAAUUCUAAAAUUCCUGAAAAUCAGGACUUGCGCCAAACUCCUGAAAGAGGCUUGCUCCUUCAGACAAUGUCUUCCUACCUUCAGGAUCCCGUUCUUAUUAGAAUUUUCCUUAAUACCGAAACUCUCGAUCAUUUGAAGGGCUCACUCCACGUGCCAAAUUCCUUCCCUCACGUCUACAGAAUUUUUCAAAAUUCCCUUCAGCACCUCUCAAAAAUUGAAGAUCUCGAAAAUGAGACUAAAUACCUCCUGGAGAGGAUCAUUGAAACCUUUGUUGAGAAUACAAAAUCAACGGCUCAAGUACUUAAACUCUAUUUCCGUAAAAUUCAUCCACACAUUGUGUGUGAAAAUGAGAAUCAAGAUGAACUCCUAAAAGGACUUCAAUCAAAUUCAAUCCUCAAAACUCUCACAUCAGGGGGAUUAACGAUAAAUGACGUGCUAGAUCUAGCUCAAAUGCAAUGGACAAUGGCUCAAAAAAUUUCAAUCUGUGAUUUGGGGAAUUUUGAAUGGUAUUUCCGGGAGAAAUUUUUCAAUUUGAAAGAUAUUUUUGCAUUAACAAAAAUCCUUCUUUCAUUCCUUCUAACUUCUGCGCGAACUUCCCAAUCAAAUUAUCAAUCCAAAGACUUCCUAAAUGAACAAACUGUUGAAACUCUCCCAAUUUAUGGGAAACUCACUCAGAUAAAAGCAAAGAAAGAAUUGAGAAUUCGUGAAAGUUCCCAUGAAGAAACUUCCAAAGAUUUCCCAACAAUUUUCCCCAUAAGGUAUGAUCUUGAAUAUGAGAAGAUUUCUGCAGAAAUUUUACUAAAUGAAUAUUUUGAUACAUUUGCAAAUGAACGAAGCCCCACUGAGUUUUGCAUGCAAACACAGCAUAAUCAUGAGGUUAGUGGCAAUAGAGAAAUUACGGGGAUUGUUGUGAAAAAUGAUACAAUGCUCGAGAAGUUCAAUAAGUUCUUCCUCAAUGGGAUUCUGGGUUUUGUCUACCAUCCAAAUGAGAAGAAUCUGGCCAAGAAUGAAUUGGCUGAGUAUGAAAAGAGAAUUUUUAACGCAUCCACCGAAGCACAGAAACCCAAUGAAGUCACAAAGAGGAAAAUUUGGGAUAUUUUUGAAGCAAUUUUCGGUACAUUUGUCGCGUUAAAUUGCGAAAAUGAUUACAAAAUGCUACCAGCUCUGUUGGAACUCAAAAAGCUCAUUCAUCAGCAUAUAGAAACAUGCAGCUCAGUGGAAAGUGCCAAAGCAAUUGUGUGUGCCUUAGAGACAAUUCUAACGGUUGGGGAUGUGUCGUCCCCCCAAAAAAUCCUCAAUGGCUCAGCAGACACCCUCCUCCUUGAGGAAAGUGAAUCCUGCGAAGACUUCACCACCCCCACACAGAGUAUUGAUUUCGAUGUGAAUGACGGAGAACGAAGUGAUGAAGACACCACAAGUAGCUAUAUAACAGCCGAAGGGAGUAUUUGUGAGAGACCAACAAGCCAAAAUGUUGAAGAAAAUGUUGAAAUUCAUGAGAAUUUCUGCAAAAUUAUUCUUGAUGUUCUCUUUGAAAUCUCAGAGUUGUGCCUAAAAUCCCCCACAAUAUGGGAAGAUCAAUUAAUUGGAUUAUUUGUGAAGCUAAAGAGUGUCAAGCACAUCAAUCAGCUCCCAAUGUACCUCAUCAAGGGCUUCUCCACACUUCUACAGUGCCACGACAACAGACUAAUUUACGUACAAAGAGCAAUUUUGGAUUUAAUCACAAAUUUGGACACAACAGAGGCACUUUGUGCCUUCCUGAAGCUCUUCAUGGGCACAGAUCCGCCCGUGGAGUUGCUCCUGCAGAAAUUUGCCAAAUUGGCAACAUCAAGGGAUGAUAUCAACGUUCUCGUUGAGAUGAAAUUCCCAACAAUAAAAGAUUACAUGAUAAUUGAGACUGAACCACUCACAAAUGAUCGGAUGCAACAGAUUCAGAUGAGAUCCUCAGUGGUUGCUCCAUUGGAUUCAAUCCCAUUUUUGCCGUGGAAAAUGCUUGGAUUCACCGUGAGUUUAUGGAUAAAAUUCAAUAAUUUCCCGGAUCGUGCAGACGAAGGUGUUAAGGAGGCAAAAAGACUAAAACCAAUUCAAAAUUCAACGCAUAUCUUUUCAAUUGGCUCCCAGAAACUCAUGCUGUCCAUUCAGAUUGACAACGCUGAUCCCACACUUUUGCACAUUCAACUGAUUAGACCCAAAAAAUCCCUCGCUAGAUCAACAAGCCUCCAGAGUUGUGAGAAGAUGAAGGGAAAUUACCCAUCUGGGAUGCAGAGUAUGCUACAUUUAACAAAGAGCGCCCUCCGGAGUAAUUGGAAUUUGGCAAAUCUCAUUAAUAGAGAUGGAACAACGGACUCUGGGGCAUCAUACCUGCAGACUUCAAUCAACAUUCACCUCCCAACGGAACGAUGGACUUUUAUGACAUUCACCGUCAUUCCAGGAGAUUGUGAGAUAGCCCUGGAGAUUGCUGUUAAUCUCAAAGAGAGAUACUUUGCAAGAAUCCUUUGUGAGGAAGUACCGAAGGCAAUUAAAAAUUCAAACAUCAGCCUUCUGGCUGUUGGAGACACUCAAUUUGCCCAAACAACGUCUUACCAGGGAUUGGGGGUGAAAAGACUCAACUACAGCAUUACGAAUCUCAUGGUUUUUAAGGAAGCAAUAAUGGAUACAGCUGCACUGGCGAGUUUUAUGAGUCUCGGUCCAAAUUGCAAUAAUCUCAUUGCUGGACAAAUUGAAAAUUCAAUUCCAAACUUUGGAUUCGUGGCUCCGGCUUUUUUUAGUGAUAACAUCAACACAAUUGAGAUUAUUCGAACCCUUCGGGAGUAUUUACUCUUCUCAUUUUCUGCUGAAAAUCCUUCCAUUGUCAUGGAGUACGUGAGUAAUGGCAACUUCGGGACACCCUUGGAGGUAACAACUGGGAAGCAAACUUGCAAAUCAAGCAGAGUUAAUUCAUUUUACACGGCUGUGCUGCAAAUUGGAGGACUGUCUUCAUUGCUCUUCCUCUUUGCGCGUACAGUUGAGCUUACAGACAGUUCACGCCUUCAGGCUGAAGCUCUGAGGAUUCUCCUGAAUGUAGCUCAUUCAAAUGUUGAGCUGUAUACGGAAUUUAUUAAAGGAGAAUAUCUCAAUACAAUUGGAUGUGUUCUGAGAAGUGCCAAAUGCUGCAAAGAUCUUUACAUGUUGCAGGCAGUCAUGAAUACGGCAUUUGAUCAACCAAUAAUGGAGAAUGUUGACGGUGCCUUUGUCCUGACUAGCAACAACAGCAGCCUAAUUUAUCCUGAAUUAAUAAUUUUCAUCAUAAACAACUACAACGAUUGGCACGGAGAAGAUGGAGAAGUUCUCGAAUUCACCUUGAUGAUUAUCAAAUCUCUCACAACUCGAUCAACAAAGGACAUCAACAUGCAGCAAUUAAUGAAUAUUGAUCUUCUCCCAAGUCUCAUAAAUUUCUGCAAAGUAUUUUUCGUCGGAGCCACCCCACCAAUAAAUAUUACAGCUAAAUCAGCAAAGUUAAUUGUUGAAAUUCUCUCAGCAUUCGGUCCAACACCCCCAACAACAUCAUUCAUUGAUGAAAUUGCGAAGCUUCUACUACUCCUACAUGAACCCAGCUACACGUACAUCACGCAAGAUCGUGCAAACUACUACUACCUCCUGUCGAAGACCACCCCAAGUCCACCGAAAUUCAAUAAGAUCGCCAAAACGGCUGAAAGGAUCAAAUCCAAAUUCCACAUUACGAACAAAGGGAACAUGUCACCGUACAACCUGCUACGCCGGAGGAUGCGUAGUGUCUCCAUGGAUUGCGUUUAUGUUGAAAGUGAGAGUAAAUGUGGGGAUUUUGAUGGGCAAAAGGAAAACUUCCACGAAACAUUGAAUGAAAUUGUUGAUUUAGCAAAAUCCGACAAUCGCAUCAACAAAUUAUCAAUGCGCGAUGUCAAGAAGUUGGGAAAGAACAUGCACAUUGAGAAGAUUCUUAAAGGGAGGCGAUCACUGCAGAAAAGUCGAAGCUACAGCAGGAAUUCACUGGAAUUCAAGAAAAGUGCUGCAGUUCUCAAUCACUUGCAGGUCAUUUCGAAAGAAUGCGAAGCAACAUCGACAGCUGCAGCAACAACAACAACAAGCAAAAAUGCAAUCAGCAUUGCAAUUGUUCAGAAGGAAUUAGUCAAGUUGAUGCAGAGUUUUAUCAUUAUUGCGCCUGAUUGUGCAAUAAAUGAAGUCAUUACACACUAUGUGACCUUUCAGCUGCUCCUAAUUUUAGCCAACAACCCAAAUGGUUACGUCAGAGCGGAGGUUGUCGUACUCCUGGCAAAUCUAUGUGAUAGAUUGCCACAGGAUCGUGUAGUUCAGUACUUUAGAGCAAAUUACUUCCAUCACAUUGCCAAUCAAAUUUCAAUUUAUCCGGCAAACUAUGCUCUCAUGAUGUCUUGUCGGAGUUUAGUGAUCAACAGUCAAUGCUGUGAAGCUUCAAAGCUGAAACAACGUAUUGGAAUUGUUUUGUUGAUUGCAAUCCUUCCGCAGUUGAUGCACUCCAACAAAUAUUCUCUGAAGUCAUCGCUUCUUCUCAUUUGCAAUUUGUACGAGAAGAAUAUCGAGCUGCGAUCAUUCCUGAUUGAAUGUGGACUGUUGCCGUCGCUUGUGAAAUGUGUCAUCAACUUGUACGUCAAGGAAAGUCGUGUUAAUUUUACAAAAGGAGUCGCAUCGCACAUUCUUUUCACAUUGUACUACUUGGCAAAGAUGUUUCUAACAUCACUCGAUCAGCGUCAGGUGCAGUACCUGUGGAGUCUGCUGAACUAUCUGGAUUACACAGAGAAGGAAACGUGCUCUGCAUCAGUGAGUCAAGGAGUUAGAAGUACCCAAGCACGAAUCCUCAACGGAUUGCUAAAUGCCUGCCAGCAAAAAUAUGGCUACGUCAAGAUUCUCCGGGAGCGGACAAUCAAGUCAAUCCGUUCAGCUAUCUACCUGCGCAAAACCAAACUAACUCUCACCGAAAUGAAAAUUCGUUUUCAAUACAUCAUGGAGAGGAGUGUGAUGUUCAUUCAGAAGAAAGACUCCAAAUACGAACUUCAGGAUGAAGAAAAUGAGCUUGUUCGGACAAUAAUCAAGUUGGGACUUAUUGGGAGAAUUAAAAUAGGAUCCAUCAUUAUAUGGUCACUGUGUCCUAGUCGUGGAGUUGAUCUUCGCUUCUUCAUAAUACGCUGCCUAUCGCAUCUGAUGAAAUCAAAGCACGUGAUAACUUUUGGCUUCAACUUAUCUCUUAUCAGGACUUUUGCGAACUACUUCUACGCCGUUGUAAGUGAAAUGCCAGGCUUUAUCACAACGAAUGAGUUUAUAAUGCUGAGCAAGUUUGUAAAAUUCAUUGGAGGCUCAAGCAGUGCAACUAAUGCUGACAUUGAAAAGGCCACACUGCGAAUUGACGAAAUCAGCCGGGAUAUUGAUACAAUUCACUCAAUGGAGAUUGAAAGGACAGUCCAUGAAUUUGAAGCAAUAGCCCUAUCUUGCGUGGAAACAUCCUUGAAGGUUACGCGCCUGUAUUCAGAGCUCCAGAAUACCGAACGACGAAGUCUUCUAAACCAAAUGCGUUGUGAGAAGAAGUCCACAUUCAACUGGAAGUAUUUUAUCAACCAAAUGACCCACGAAGGGGCUCCAUUCUACAAUGAACGCUACUCAACGGUAUCCUGGGAGAUUGACGAUACGGAGGGACCUAGUAGAAUGAGGUUGCGGUUCAAGAGAUGCAAUCUAGGCAUUCCUGAUCGUUUCCUGCUUUCAGAAGCGAAGGAAAAGUACAAAAAUGUCUCACCUACACCACCUCUGCAGUACUUGUUGGAGUCUCUUGAAAGGGAAAAGAAUGCUCUAUCUGAUCAGGUCUUGUACAACUUCCCUGCAGCCUACAUUACUGCUGAUUCUGAAUUUCUCGGAGAUUUAGUUGUGACGGAGACAACUGUUAAAUUUUUCCCAGAUGAUGAGAAGAGAGAAAUAAUUAUUGUGGAAAUUGCAAAUAUCCUGGAUAUCUGGCUAAGGCGAUACAUGCACCUGAAUAAGGGCGUUGAGCUCUUUAUGGUUUCCGGACGAUCCCUCUUCUUCGUGCUGCGCGAGGUGAAUGACAGGAAGAUUUUCACAAAGUAUUUCUCAGACAAAAUCUGUGAUUCCUCCAAUACAAAGUGGCACUACUUUAUGCUGCAACAAUGGCGAGAUGGGCAACUAACAAAUUGGGAAUAUUUAACGGCACUGAAUCAACUUAGUGGGAGAUCAUAUCAGGAUUUGAUGCAGUAUCCGGUGUUUCCGUGGAUCCUUUCGGACUAUCAGAGCAGCGUUUUGGAUCUCACAAAUCCAAAUAUUUACAGGAAAUUCGAUAAACCCAUUGCCAUUCAGCAUCCUGACUGUGAGGAGCACUUCAAGGAGAUGUACGACUACCUAUCGCAACCUGGGAACCGGAAUGUCUCCCACUUUGCCUACCACUACAGUUCACACUACUCCAAUUCAGGCACAGUUCUCAGCUUUUUGAUAAGGAUUCCCCCUUUUACGGGGAUGUUUAUCAAGUACCAAGACAAUAACUUUGAUCUGCCCGAUCGAACAUUCUUCUCCGUGCGGCAUGCAUGGCGUCUUGCAAGCAAAGACUCCCAAACUGAUGUCAAAGAACUCAUUCCGGAAUUCUUCACGUUGCCUGAGAUGUUUGAGAAUAGUGAGGAUUUUGACUUUGGCGUUCGUCAAUCGGGAGAACGUGUGCAUCAUGUUACCCUUCCACCGUGGAGUAACAAUUCCUCCCGACUGUUUGUCCUCAUCCACAGGCAAGCCCUUGAAUCGGACUACGUGCGAAGUAAACUCCAUUUGUGGAUUGAUUUAAUUUUCGGGUACAAACAAUCCGGGAAAGCUGCUGUUGCUGCUACAAAUGUCUUCCAUUCAGCCACAUAUCCGGAAUUUCCGGAGCCCGCAUCGACAGAUCCUGUCGAUAGAUCAGCCUAUACGACAAUGAUAAGGACUUAUGGGCAAAUGCCGAAGCAAAUAAUUGCCUUCCCACAUCCACCGGCAACGAAAACAGAUCAAUCCUACGACUACCAAACUUCCUUUGGGACGUACACAGUUAAGGGAUUGAAAUGGGGCAUCUAUACGGGAUCACCGCAGCUUCCUGUUCCAGAAUGCGUUGCAAUCUACCAACAAUCAGACGUGCAGCUAAGUAGGAUUGUCUGCAUGGAGACAACGAAUGCAGCGUAUGGCCUGUCUCAGUGCGAGAACUACAUGCAGGGCAUUGAAAUUGAUACCUUCUACUGCAUUACGUGGAAUCAUGAGGAUAAUAUUGUAAGGAUUAGAUCCAUCGGGGAGGACGUAUCGUACGCUAAGCCACUCUUUCAGUCCUCCAACUUUGAUCCAAUUACCACCUGUGGCACCAACGUCAAUUCCAAUCAACUCUGGUUCGGGCAUCAAUCGGGGAAGAUUGUUGUGUAUCAAUGCAGUGAUUUUAUUCCGGAAAAACUCAACAAAACACGCUACAUGAUGCACUCCCCCCUGGCCAAUACCAUGUCCUACAAUUCAGCAUUCAGAGUUUGCAAAUCCUCCGGAACAUUGGGCAGGAAGAUUAAUGAGAGCAUCAACAGGCAGAUACGUGAUGUGGGGAGCUUAAAGUGGAAGAAACCAACAACGCUGCUCUUCCACGAUGGGCAGGUAUCAGGGAUAAGUAUCUGUGUGGAAUUCAAGAUUGCCGUUUCCAUUGGCAUGGAUGGGAAGACGGCGAUUUGGGACACGAAUACUCUUGAAUUCAUCCGACAGAUCUCCCCGCCAAAUACUUCAGCGCAAAUGCCGAUAACACUCACAGCAAUUAGUCCAACACUUGGGGACAUUGUAACUGUGCACUGCAACGAGAGUGGUACAGAGCAGAUCUCUGAUGAGGAAAUUGAGGUCGAUGAGGAGAGCUACGAAGUCACAGAAUCCAACAUUGAUGACUUUGUGAAGAUCUCCAUGAAUUUAACUGGGAAGACCCUGAUGAGGAUCCACACAAUCAAUGCUAGCUACGUCAGUCAUGUAACGUUGAAUGAGAACAUUCUAUCUGUUUGCUACAGCAACGUCAAGGAGGGAUCGGGGAUCAAUGUGAUAGCAACUGGCCUAGAACGGGGUAUUGUGAAGCUCUGGUCGAGUUGGGAUUUAAAUUUAAUCCGCGAAAUUGAUACACAAAUGACCGAUGUUGUGGAUAUUUCCUACUCAACAUAUCAACACCUAAUCAUCCUAACACGUGAUAACAUCAUCCAAGUCUGGCAAUCACCGUGUCUUCUGGGGAAUGCCCCCAAAUUCCCACAAAGUAUUUUUCGCAAUAGCCAGUGGAGAAUUUUGUAAAUAACAAACUAAUUUUCCCUCUUUAUUUUUUGAAUAGCUAGGAAACUAAAUAAAACACAAUAUUUGAACAAAAA